AUGAAGGGACGACACCAAUUCCGAAGAAGGUUCAGUCUGCAGCCGUCUUUUAUGAAAGAUGACGCGGAAGAGGACAGGAAACCCCACAGACCAGAAAAAGCAGAACACUCAGUGUCCGGCAGCAAUAGCAAUCUAACCAACAAUGCGGUGCGGCACAAAAUAGUGGUCAUGGGGGCCGCGAAAGUGGGGAAAUCGUCUCUCAUCUCUCAGUUUUUAUACGGAACCUUUUCGCCCAAGUACAAGAAGACGAUAGAGGAGAUGCACCACGGCGACUUCAACGUGAGCGGGGUGAGGCUAACUUUGGACAUUCUGGACACGUCGGGGGCGUACGAGUUCCCCGCGAUGCGAGCUUUGUCCAUGCAGUCGGCGGAUGCCUUCAUUCUAGUCUAUGAUAUCACUGACUUGGACAGUUUCAGUGAAGUCCGGGCUCUGAGAGAUCAGAUCCACGAGACGAAGGAUAGCACGGCUGUGCCGAUUGUGGUUGUUGGUAACAAAGUUGAUUUGGCCGAAGCUGGAGAAAGGCAGGUUGACUUCCACACGACAGAGUCCGUGGUAACUGUCGAUUGGGAAAACGGAUUCGUGGAAGCAUCUGCCAAGGAUAACAGCAACGUGUCCCAAAUAUUCAAGGAGCUUUUGGUACAGGCCAAGGUGAAGUAUAAUUUAUCACCUGCGUUACGUCGGCGACGAAGGCAGUCGCUACCCACAGGGCCCCAAGGGCCGCCGGGGUCCGCCCCGAGCCCCUCGUCUUCUAACGCACCCCACGUACCCUCAGCAGCCCAGCUCGCGCACUUACAACAAAUCCGGGAAAGACACGCAAACAGUAAACGAAAUUCUUGCUCGAUUACAUAA